AUGUCUUACAACAACGACUCCGACAGCUAUGGUAGCCGCAACCAGAGCUCCGGCUAUGGCGACAACGACAGCUAUGACAGCGGAAACAAGUCUAGUUCCAGCCGCAAAAAUGAUAGCUAUGGAAGCAGCAAUGACAAUAGCUACGGCGGUGGAAACAACAAGAGCUCCUACGGUAGCAACGAUGACAGCUACGGAAGUGGCAACAAGUCUAGCUCCGGCCGUGACAACGAUAGUUAUGGAAGCAGCAACAACGACAGCUACGGUAGCAAGAAGGACUCGUCUAGCUACGGGGGCAACAAUGACAGCUAUGAAAACAAAUCUAGCUCCGGCCGUGACAACGACAGCUAUGGCAGCAACAAGAACUCAUCCAGCUACGGAGACAACAAUGACAGCUAUGGAAGCAGCAACAACGACAGCUACGGCAGCGGAAACAAGUCUAGCUCCGGCCGUGAUAACGCCGACAGUUAUGGAAGCAGCAACAAUGACAGCUAUGAUAGCGGAAACAAGUCCAGCUCCGGUCGUGACAACGAUAGCUAUGGCAGUGGCAACAAGUCUAGCUCCGGUAGCAACAAUGAUAGCUACGGCAGCAGCAAUGACAACAGCUAUGGCAGUGGCAACAAGUCUAGCUCCGGUAUCAACAAUGAUAGCUACGGCAGCAGCAAUGACAACAGCUAUGGCAGUGGUAACACCACCACCUAUGGCAGCAACGACGACAGCUACGGAAGCAAGUCCAGCUCUGGCCGUGACCAAGACAGCUACGGUAGCAACAAGAGCAGCAAUGACACCUACGGUGACUCCAGCUCUGGCCGUAACAACGACACCUAUGGCAGCAGCAACGAGAACAGUUACGGAAGCAGCCGUCGUGAUGACAACUAUUAA